UUGUUAAUUUUUUAAAAAAAGUUUAUAAAGACUUAUAGAUUAUAUUUUACAUUUACGUUUCUCUUUUAAAUACUAACUCCAGACUGCAAUAACUUGAAAUAUUUUUCACUAUUAGUUAAACAAUAUUAUUGAGUAUUAGAAUUAAUCGAUAUAGAUACAAAUCAUUUACUUUUUGAAUAUUUUAUGAUAAUAGCCUCGUUGCAGAAAGUUAAAACUGAAAAUCUGAAAAUUCACUCUUAGUGUACACUAGGUCACAAUGGUGAACUUUAUCUACAGAUAACCCCUAGAAACAGACAAAGCGAGCCCGCCAAAAUAUAUUGCCGGGAGCCUGCGCCAUCGGAUUGCAAAAUGUUUACACAGAAACCAGUCACGGCGUGUGAGUAGGUAUAUACAACAAUUGCACCGUACGGUUGACGACGGCAAUAAAUGCGACGGGCGAUGAAGGUAAAUUUCGAUUUUCGGCGGCACAAGUGGGGCCCCGCUGCAGCUGCACCACCGCGCCGCGCAGUAUCUACGCGACAGUAGGUCACGACGUUCUACGGGCAUGCAUAUGCAACGGACAUGUGGAACAAACCGUCAGUAGUCCAAGCCAAGCGACGCGUAUUGGGCGCGCCACGGUCGCCGGCCGCUGGAUCGCCACGGUUGGUUGCUGGGUGGUUCAUUUUGGUACCGCACCGACCGGAGCACCGGACUUCUGUUCGUUCCGCGUUUCUCCCGUGUACCGCGUCCCGCCACCGCCUGUCAUUGACGACAUUGUAGCAGAUCGACGUGUCUUUACUCCGCAUGCGCGAGUUCCGCUAAGGUUAGUUUGCUUCGUUUAGCCGGUCGUCCGCCAGUAUCUGUUGAUACAUUUUUAAUCGACUUUCAUAACCGUUCAAUAAUCGCGCGUUCGACGAUCGGAUUUGUACGCGAACGAUUUCGGUGACCGUAGAAUUUGUUUAUACUUUGUAGACAUGUAUAGCAUGUAUGGCCGUCCAUCAUCGAGUGGGUCCGACGACGAGGACUCUUCGACCAUGGAUACCACGGGCACGUCGUUGAAACGCAAGUCGUCGACUUCCUCGUCAAAAUCCACUUUUGACAAAAGCGUGGACUCCGUCGUAAAUGACGACAUGGGCGCAGAUACCAGUGACGGCUGUCGCCGCUCCAAGCGCAUUAAGUUGAGGACCCAACGUUCUGGCGCAAUCCCUUUACGUAAGAAAACCCGAAAACUUAACACAAUCGCAAAAAAAAAAAAACACUCGAGUUUCUGCCACUAUUGGUAUUAAUGAAAAAUCCGGAGUUCCUGACACCUCCGCCGUUUAUGAGAAUACCAUAGUUCCUGCCGCAGUCCCUAUUCCCGAUGUUCCUGCCGCGAUGUUUGUUGACGAAGUUCCUGCUGCGGUGCUUAUUGACGAUGUUCCUGCCGCGGUGCUUAUUGACGAUGUUCCUGACGUGAUGCUUAUUGAAGAUGUUCCUGACACGAUGCUUAUUGAAGAUGUUCCUGACGCGGAUCCUAUUCCCGAUGUUAUUGAUGCGGUGCUUGUUGACGAAGUUCCUGAAGAGGAGCCUACUCCCGAAGUUAUUGACGAAGUUCCUGACGAGGAGUCUAUUCCCGAUGUUAUUGACGAAGUUCCUGACGAGGAGCCAAUUCCCGACGUUAUUGACGAAGUUCCUGACGAGGAGCAUAUUCCCGACGUUAUUGACGAAGUUCCUGACGAGGAGCAUAUUCCCAAUGUUAUUGACGAAGUUUCUGACGAGGAGUCUAUUCCCGAUGUUAUUGAUGCGGUGCCCAUUGACAAUAUUCCUCGCACCCUCAGAGACGAUCUUCAAGCCGACUCCGAUUCCGAUUCCGACUUCGACUCCGACGGCAACGAUUUCUAUGAUGCCGAUAAUAUCUACGACCAGACGAACGCCUACGUCCACCACUCUGAAAUUGAAACUGACGCCAACGUUAUCUACGGAAACGACAAUGUCUAUGGCAUUCCGGAAGCCGCCACCGACGAUGACGACGAGGACAUAAACGCAAAGGCCAUCCUAAGACAGCAGUUGUCGUUACCCGAUUACAACUACGGAAUGGAUAACGUUAAUAACGUACGGGAAGCCGCCGCCGCCGCCGCCGCCGACGACGACGAUAUAAACGCAAAGGCUUUCCUAAGACAGCAGUUGUCGUUACCCGAUUACAACUACGGAAUGGAUAACGUUGGUGACGUCCCGGAAGCCGCCGCCGCCGACUACGACGAGGACAUAAACGCAAAGGCCAUCCUAAGACAGCAGUUGUCGUUACCCGAUUACCACUUCGGAAUGGAUAACGUUGGUGACGUCCCAGAAGCCGCCGCCGCCGACUACGACGAGGACAUAAACGCAAAGGCCAUCCUAAGACAGCAGUUGUCGUUACCUGAUUACCACUACGGAAUGGAUAACGUUGGUGACGUUCCGGAAACCGCCGCCGAUGCAGCCGCCGCCGACGACCACGACGACGACGACGAUAUAAAUGCCAAGGCCGUCCUAAGACAGCAGUUGUCGUUACCCAACAUUAAUUAUGAAGCCGACAACAUUGGUGACGUUCCGGAAGCCGCCGCCGCCGAUGCCGCCGCCGCCGCUGAUGCCGCCGAUGCCGCCAAUGCCGCCGCCGAUGACGCCGAUGCCGCCGCCGAUGACGCUGCCGCCGCCGCCGCUGACGACGACGACAACGACGACAUAAAUGCCAAGGCCGGCCCCAGUCAACAGUUGUCGUUACCAAACAAUUCUGAGCUAAUCGAAGAAAUAAAUCUCCAAUUACCAUCAGCCAUAGACUCCAAAACUAUUUUCCGAAGAGAAAUAGUUGAUAAGGAUCCAAAUGAUCCUACAUUUGGUGAUGGAUUUGAAGUUGAUAAAAUGUUUGGUCCAAUGAGAAGAAGAAACGAAAUUUAUUACCAUCUUCAAUGGCGAAAAGGCAUUUACUCUGGUGUAGGUGUACUUGAGGCUACUAUUAUUUAUAAAAAAUGGCCUGAUAUUGCGCUCACGUUUUACCAGAAAUAUUAUGGAAACUUAUAAGACUGAUACAUAACAUAUAUGUAAAAAAUAAAUAAUGUACCUGAAUUAUAAGUCUGUAAUUAACACAUGAGCACUAAUUAUAUAAGUACAUGCCUAAUGUACCAUUACUUUAAUAUUUUAUUAGUUACUGUAUAAUAUUUUUUUUUUACUCUACUUAGAAUCAGAAUGAUUCAUUGUGACAAAUAUAUUUAUUAAUAUAUUG